AUGGAAGCUUCUAACGACCAAGAUCAGUACAUUGACAAUGCUAUGCGCGCGGUGCAGAAUAAGAAGCAGAUCCCGGAGAUCGACUUCACACUGCACACGAUGGAAGACGGCACGCAAGUGAGCACACAGGAGCGAGUAUGCAAAGACGUGCAAGCGCCCUCAUUCAACGUUCCCACCGAAGAGCAAAUCGUAUCGUCGACCGACCCAUCCAAGCCCAAUCUCCAGUUCCUCAAGCAACAUCUCUACAGGGAAGGUCGCCUCACGGAAGAUCAAGCACUAUGGAUCAUCAACGGAGGCAACGCAGUUCUCCGCGCAGAGCCCAACUUGCUGGAAAUGGAUGCGCCAAUAACGGUCUGUGGUGACAUUCACGGACAAUACUUCGACCUGAUGAAGCUCUUCGAGGUUGGAGGAGACCCAGCCGAGACACGCUACCUGUUCCUGGGCGAUUAUGUGGAUCGCGGCUACUUCUCCAUUGAGUGUGUGCUGUACCUUUGGGCGCUGAAGAUGUGGUAUCCAAACACUCUGUGGCUGCUUCGUGGUAACCACGAGUGUCGUCAUUUGACCGACUACUUCACCUUCAAGCUCGAGUGCAAGCACAAAUACAGCGAAAAGGUGUAUGAGGCGUGCAUGGAGUCGUUUUGCUCACUCCCGCUAGCCGCCGUGAUGAACAAGCAGUUUUUGUGCAUUCACGGAGGUUUAAGCCCCGAGCUGCACACUUUGGAAGACAUCAAGGCACUCGACAGAUUCAGGGAGCCACCCACCCACGGCCUGAUGUGCGACAUUCUCUGGGCUGAUCCGCUGGAAGAAUUCGGCCAAGAGAAGACGCAGGAGUACUUCAUCCACAACCACGUACGAGGAUGCUCGUAUUUCUUCAGCUACCCCGCUGCAUGCGCUUUCUUGGAGAAGAACAAUCUUCUCUCCAUCAUCAGAGCACACGAAGCGCAGGAUGCUGGCUACAGAAUGUACAGGAAAACAAGGACGACAGGAUUUCCCUCAGUGAUGACCAUCUUCUCGGCACCCAACUAUCUGGAUGUCUACAACAACAAGGCUGCGGUGUUGAAGUAUGAAAACAACGUCAUGAACAUUCGGCAAUUCAACUGCACUCCUCAUCCUUACUGGCUGCCCAACUUCAUGGACGUCUUCACUUGGUCGCUUCCAUUCGUUGGCGAGAAGAUUACGGAUAUGCUUAUUGCGAUUCUGAACACAUGCAGCAAGGAAGAACUCGAGGAUGAGACGCCGCUGUCUUCCGGACCUGCAUCUCCAGCCCUCACCAACACAUCAUUGGCCAACAUGGACCCGGAGAGCACAGAAUACAAGCGUCGUGCUAUCAAGAACAAGAUCCUCGCCAUUGGCAGACUGUCACGUGUCUUCCAAGUGCUACGUGAAGAGUCGGAGCGGGUCACUGAGCUGAAAACUGCCUCUGGCGGUAGAUUGCCUGCAGGAACACUCAUGCUAGGCGCGGAAGGCAUCAAGCAAGCCAUCAGCUCUUUCGAGGACGCUCGCAAGGUUGAUCUGCAGAACGAGCGUUUGCCGCCCAGUCACGAGGAGGUCCGACGUAGCGCAGAGCAUUCGAGAGAUGAAGCGUUGAAGCGGGCUUCGAGAGAAGCGGAGAACGAUACGCAACUUGCUGGAGUGGCCAGAAGAAUCAGCAUGUCUGCAGGUUCGAAGAACACGCGCAAGAGCUAG